CUCGAGAGACGGGCUGUUGUGGAGAGAGGUAAAGUAAUCCCGUGGAGUGGAAAGACGCGCAGACGCACGGAUCCCCUGCAGCUUCAGAUAUCAAAGCUGUAUUCAUCUCCCCACGUCGCCAGCGUGGGUGAAUAAGUGUCCGCCUCUUCUGAGAAUCACGCAGAAACAAAACUAGUUUUUGUUCAACUGGGACCACAACCGGGUGAUCUGAUCCGUGCCAGGAGGAGGGGGGUGCUGGCUGCGCCACGGACGCGCAGCAUGCAGGAGGAGUGGAGCCGCGGCGCGCACUGAGAGACGCACUGAGAGACUCUCCGAGAGUCCGGGAGCGGGUCGGGAUGUGAGUCCCACUCGUGCAGGAAUGGCCCCUCGUGUCCUGACACCCGAGGGAUGGCAGCGUUUCACCCCCGCCAGCACCACUACUCCCACCCGCACCCGCACGGCCCGGGCUCCGACCUGCGGCGGCUCUUCCACCGCCUCGCCAUCGCCUCCUCGCUGAGCGUCCUCUGCUUCUCCCUGCUUUACCUGCUGGCCGGCAGCUGCAACUCGGACCUGGCGGAGAACUCGGAGCUCAGGCCGUCGGCGCGGGAUUUCGCGGUGACGGGGUCGGGAUGGGUUUACGAGAGGAACGGGAGCGCAGCGGCCGCCGCGGAGCCGCGGACACCGGACACCAACAGCUCGGGGAAGGAGUGGACGGCCACCCGCAGGCUGCCGCAGGCGCUCAUCAUCGGGGUGAAGAAGGGGGGAACCCGGGCCCUGCUGGAGUUCCUCAGGCUGCACCCCGACAUCCGCGCGCUGGGCUCCGAGCCGCACUUCUUCGACCGGCAUUACGCACGAGGACUGGACUGGUACAGAAGCAUGAUGCCCAAAGCCCUUGACGGCCAGAUCGUCAUGGAGAAGACGCCUCGUUACUUCGUUACCGUGGACACGCCGGCACGGGUUCAUGCCAUGUCGCAGGACGUGAAGCUGAUUGUGGUCGUCCGAGACCCGGUGACUCGAGCCAUAUCCGAUUACACGCAAAUCAUCUCCAAGACCCCCGACAUCCCCCCCUUCGAGAGUCUCGCCCUCAAGAACCGCACCACAGGUCAGAUUGACUCUCUGUGGAGCCCUCUGUGGAUCGGCCUCUACGCUGAGCACAUGGAGCGUUGGCUGGCAUGGUUCCCCAGGACUCAGAUCCAUCUGGUCAGUGGGGAGAAGCUGAUCUCAGACCCGGCUGGAGAGCUGGGCAAAGUCCAGGACUUCCUGGGGCUUCAGAGGAUAGUCACGGACAAGCACUUCUACUUCAACAAGACGAAAGGCUUCCCCUGCCUGAAGAAGCCGGAGGGCAGCAGUAAGCCUCACUGCCUUGGGAAGACGAAAGGGAGGACGCAUGUCUCUAUAGACGGAGAGGUGAUUCAGAAACUGAGGGAUUUCUACAAGCCUCACAACCAGCGCUUCUAUCAGAUGGCAGGAGAAGACUUUGGAUGGCAGUGACCUUUCACCUCGACACUAAAGGCCUCUAAUGGAGACGUAUAAUGGAGACAGAACUCAAAGUCCAGGAGACGAUGCAAAUCAUACGUCUCUGAGCAGCCAAGUCCCAUCAUAUCGACUCGUUAAAGUGUCAAAAACUUCAAGUUUACCAGUCAAUCAUCUGUUCAAGCGUAUGAAAGACAACAGCGCCAUUUUAUAUAUCAUAGAAGUUCAGUUGAAGUGGUUUUGGUGCCGAGGUUUUGAUAAGACUGUGGUUGUUAUAGGCUGUGUUGAAGUGUUGAACAGUUAAUCGACGGUGUAGCUUUUAGUGUCUCUGCAGUUUACUCUCGACUCUCAGUCGGUACAAGGAACUCAACGAAGGAAGUAUUUUCAUGUGCUCAAAUUUCCAUAACUGUCUUUUUCAACCUGUUUGCAUCUCUAGUCUCAAGAGUUUAAGAAUUUAAGGGCAAUCAGUGCAUAAAUAUCGAGUGUUACCCUGCAAGCUUUGUCUCCAAGAAAAAAAGGGGGGGGUUGAAUCUUUUAUGUGGCAAGCAGCAAAGCAGCAGAGGGGCGAGUGAGAGAAUCUUUGUAUGAGCUCAGAUUUGACUGAGUGGUUUUGUAUUCCUGAAUAAUGAAUGUGGAUAAAUGGAUGUAGGGGAACUGGUGUGGAUCACUUGGCACAUUUGUAUGCUGUGCUUAGGGUAGCAUCCCACUGAAAAACACCAGCUUAUACUGCAAGGUAGUGUCAGGAAGGGGGGGGGGGGGUUACUGGACGACAAGCAGAACAAGAUUCAUAACUGAAAAGACUGACCUUUGACUGUUUCUUUGGAUUUGAUGUGCGGAGCUUUCCAGCUUCUGCUGACAGGGUUGUCUGUUUUCAGUUUGCAUGUAUUUGCACUAGUUGGAAAGCAUAAAUAAUAAAAACUAUUUUUA